UCCCCGUUCUCCUCCAACGAACAAAACCCCGACCCGGGGUCUGUCCUUAGUCUUUUCCAGCUAACAAAUGAAACCCUUAAUAUUUGGACUCAUUUUCUGCCUACAUGGUUUUUCUUCUGGAAGCUGCUGACAGUGGUGCUGGUGAUGGGUGAUAUACAGGAUCCUUUCACCUGGCCCCUGCUGGUGUUCCUACUGUCAUGCUGUGUGUACCCACUCACAUCCAGCUGUGCUCACACCUUCAGCACCAUGUCAGAACGGGCCAGACACAUCUGCUUCUUCUUUGAUUAUGGAGCUCUCAGCUUCUACAGCCUUGGUUCUGCCAUCACCUACUCUUUUUACACAUUUCCAGAGAAAUGGGUUAAUAGCACUUUUCACACAUUAGUUCCUAUAGCUGUUGUCAACUCCAUUAUCUCCACUGCACUGGCCUGCUACUCAAGGUCUUCUCACAAAUUAAAAGAGAAACUAUGCAAACGUCUACGGAUAGUGGCCUUUGUCUAUCCGUAUGUCUUUGACAAUAUUCCUCUCUUUUAUAGAAUUUUUGUGUGUGUUGGUGAGGGUUGCACAGUAAAUGAGGCCAAUGUGCUUCACUACUGGCACAUAGCACUGGCCGCUCUCACAGGCUUUCUUUUUGCCACACAUCUGCCCGAACGAUUGGCCCCUGGCAGUUUUGACUACAUAGGUCACAGUCAUCAACUCUUCCAUGUGUUUGCUAUUAUUGGCACAUAUUUCCAGAUGACCGCCAUUGAACUGGACAUGGCUGUACGGAGACAGUGGCUUCAUGCUCAUUUGCUACCAAUCACCUUUUCAAACACAGUGGGAGUAGCACUCCUCUCCAUGAUCAGCAGUCUUUGUAUAAUUUAUGUCUUCAGUAUGGCACUUUUCUCCACCAGAAGCAUGAAGGAAAAAUUGUCUGAGAAGUGA